UCGGAGUCGACACCGAUCCCCAUCGGCCACUGCGGCUUAGCCAGGUAGGGCAAGCGUGUGCUCUUUCGACGGCUCUCCGAUCCAAUCUCCUUCUCUCUGAAGCAGCAGCUCCUCCAGUGGUGAAGUUCCAAACGUCUUCUUUUAAGCACUAAUGGCUGCUGGAAGAGGCAUCAGCCAGCUCCUGAGGAAGCGUUUUCAGUUUCAGUCAUCAGUUCCAUCUUUUGUUCAAUAUAUAAAGCAGGAAGAGGCUACCGGAUCAGCUGGUAUGAAAUCUCCAAAGGUGCUUGCAUUACUUGGAGUUGGUAUUACUGGUGCUCUGGGUUUUGCUUCCUUGGCAUCUGCUGAUGAAGCAGAGCAUGGUUUAGCAGCCCCAAUUUAUCCAUGGCCUCAUAAGGGUAUCCUUGAUUCGUAUGACCAUGCAUCAAUUCGGCGGGGUCACCAAGUUUUCCAACAAGUAUGUGCCUCUUGUCAUUCGAUGUCUCUGAUUUCAUAUCGAGAUCUUGUUGGUGUUGCAUACACUGAAGAGGAGACAAAAGCGAUGGCUGCUGAGAUUGAGGUUGUUGAUGGCCCAAAUGAUGAAGGUGAAAUGUUUACUCGCCCUGGUAAAUUAAGUGAUCGUUUUCAGCAGCCAUACCCCAAUGAACAAGCAGCAAGAUUUGCAAAUGGAGGAGCAUAUCCUCCUGACCUGAGCCUAAUCACGAAGGCACGACACAAUGGCCAGAACUAUGUGUUUGCCCUUCUCACUGGCUAUCGUGAUCCUCCUGCUGGUGUUUCGAUUCGUGAGGGGCUGCAUUACAAUCCCUAUUUUCCCGGUGGUGCAAUAGCUAUGCCAAAAAUGCUUAUCGAUGGUGCUGUUGAGUACGAAGAUGGUACUCCUGCAACUGAAGCCCAGAUGGGCAAAGAUGUUGUUACAUUUUUAUCUUGGGCAGCGGAGCCUGAGAUGGAAGAGAGAAAAUUGAUGGGGUUCAAAUGGAUUUUCGUUCUGUCGCUUGCUCUUCUCCAAGCUGCUUACUAUCGGCGGCUGAAGUGGUCUGUUAUUAAGUCACGCAAGCUGGUUGUAGAUGUCGUGAACUAAUGUCUUUGUUGCUACUUGCAUGUCGUGGACAAAAUGGAAAUAAGGACCUUGGAUGAUGUACAUUGCCGGAUGGAUCUCAAGCAUUCUAUUUUCUUCUGUCCGAGAGAAGUUCUUUCUUUUUCCCCUCGAGUUAAAAUUUUGGAUUUGUCAAGGCUUUAAUGGCCUUAAACAAAAGACUUGUUAAUUCUUUCAGAAACUUAAUUUCAUGUUAUGUUUGACAUUAUGUUGGAAGGGAAAUGUGCUUUUGUGAUGCCAGCCAUCCAUUAUGUUUUAGCGUUUACAGCAAUGGAUCCAAGGAGUCUGAGAACAUUGAUGUAAAAUGAUUUCACAUUUGUUAUCAACUGAUCAAGUGAUAAUUUAUUUUGCAUUGGAGUUUUAUGCA